AAAAAAAAAAAAAACAACAACAAAAUAAAUUAAAAACAAAAAUGUCAAAAGUUGUUGAUUUCGAAUUCCAACAUUAGAUACGCGAUUUUUGUCAAACCUCGUGGAGUUUCGCCUUUUUUCCGCUCACGCGUGCUCCCCCAAUCCAACGGCCACCAACCCAUCCGCAUCGCACGGAAAUCGGCCCCCAUUUCCCCUCAUCCGACGGUCCUCGUUCGCCCUGCUUUGACUCACGCAUUCCCACGCGCCCCUCCUCCCAGCUGCCAGCAUUAAAUAAGCUCGCACCACGCCCACUCAUGGCUGCACUUGCUUAUCAUCAUCAUCAACAACAUCACAUCGAGAGGAAGAGAUCUGCUUUUUUAGGGAUUUCAUUUGGUGGGUUCGAUCUCUGUUUCUCCUGGGUCGAUCUUCAAGGUUGUGUAGAUUAUAAAUUGUCGUGUAGACUGAGUUUGAGAAUGCGCAUUGCAGCAGCUAGUGAGAAAAUUCAAAUAUUGAAAGAAUUGAGGCAAAUUAACAUGAGUGUUGGAAGCAUUGCUUUUUACCAAUUAAUGAAAGUUUGUCAGGCUGAAUAUUUCCGUCAGUUGCUUAAACCCGUCACGUAGUCUGAUUUUUUCGACUUUCUUUGUGCUCUGUUUGGAUCACACACAAUUAAACUCGAGUUUCGAUUAUCACAAGCUAUUCAUCAGAGACUCGGCCUACUCUCAACCCAACGAACAAUUUCCUUUAAAUUUGAACCUAUCUGAAAAUCGUACAUCUUAACCUUCAAAACUUUUAUAGCCCCGUUUUUUUCGACAUAAUCAGCACUCAUGCACACAGGCCAACCAUUCUUCCCUGAAAAUCCCAAUCUCCCUUUAGGGCUCGGAGAUAAAAAAUUUAGGUAUUACGCGCAAAAUGCUCCAAUGACAGCUGUCUUAAAUGGGUUUGCGCCACCUGGACUCAAACGCGCCUUUCCUUUCCACAAUGUCAACAUUCAACCUUCGAACGUAUGCCCUCGAAAUUUCAUAAUCUUCGACCAAACCAAUAAGGAAAGCCAGGUCAUGUACAAUCCCGAGAUAAGCUCGAAAUUGCUCCAAAGCUCGAAUUUUGAAGUCUCCCCGCCUUUUUGUCAAGAUGACUUUGUCCAAAAGGACCCUCCAAACAGUGAUCACAAUAUUAGUUCCUCGUUCGAAGAGGACUACAAUGGUAUCGAUGCACUUUUGAGUAGCGAAUAUGAAGAAAAUGAAAUCGAGGAUGAUGAGGUCAGCACGGCAAGAACGGGAGUUUAUUAUGACUGCAGUUCACCCGAUUCUUGCUCGAACUACGAGCCUGUGGCGAAAAAGAAACGGACGGUUUUUGAAAAAUCUUGCGGAAUUCGAGGGACUGAAAAGAAGAAGAAGCAUAAGAGAAUGAAGAAAAUGGUGAAGGCUUUGAGAGGAAUUGUUCCUGGUGCGAAUCGGAUGAGUACUGUUGAAGUUUUGGAUGAAAGUGUACGGUAUUUGAAGUCUCUCAGGGAAGAGGUUCAGAAGCUUGGAGUUGAGAGCUUCGAAUGGUGAAAACAUAAAAAAUUGCUGAUUUGUGUUCGUCUGAAUUAUGUCUAUUUUUGGGCUGAAAAGAGAUUUAUCAAGCGAGCGAAGAUGAAUUUAAUAGUCUUCUCGGACUAUAUGAAUGUUAGUCGAUGGUUAUCUUGUAGUAAGGUUCGAUAAAGUUGCUUUCUUUAGUUUUUUUCGGCUUUUUUCUACUUCGUACGGUUUCUUGCUGUUAAGAAAUUUAGAUGACUGUACCAACUUUUAUUUAAAAACUGCAACUAAUGCAGCAAUUUGUUGUUCAUUUGGUACCUUUAUUCAUAUAUCUUGUAGUUUUUUUUUGGCAGAUUGAAUGAGGGUUACUCUGAGUAUUAAAAUUUACAUUUAAAUCAUGA